AUGAGCGAAGGAGGAGGAAAAGAAGAAACCACCGACACCGUCAAUUGUGAAGUCGACGAUGAGAUUGAGGAUCUCGUUGCUCAGGUUGACAUGGAGGACAUUCUGGAUAUCCAAAUGAAGAUCAUGGACGAGUUGUCGACGAUGAUUCAAAAGGAAUUCGAUCGUCACAAAUUGCUCUACGAAGCUGGAACCUUUCUCAAGGAGGGGUGGAGUAAGAAGGUGAAGGAGAUGGAGGAUGAAGUAGAAAUGGCUCGUAAACUACUUCUUCGAACUCUCAAAUGGAAUUACCAACAAAUGGAUUGGAAGGUCCACAAGUUUCGUGGCAAUAUCCGAGAGGUUCUUUCGUUGUACGUCGAUGUCAACAAUCAGAUGAAAAUCGAGGAGAAGCAAGCUGCGAAACAAGACGAUUUCAUUCAAUUGGUUGAGGAAACUCAGAAGGAGCUAGACGAUCUCAAACAGAACAUUCGUGUCACCCAAGAGUUGUUCGGACCUGUGAAUCCAGGAGUCGUCGUCUCCCGGACCAACUUGUCCACGGAAAAACUGGCCAACCACAUUGAAGAACCAUAUCGCCCUUGUGAAACGGAGAUGGUCAGAGAGCUUCCAUUGGCUAAACAUCUGCCAGGACUCGUUGCUCCGAUCAAGGAACUGGGCGAGAAGGUGUCUGAGAUGAUGUUGAAGGAAUUUCCAGCCAAAACUACUCAGGACUUUCUCAAUACUCUCCCGCCUAAACAGAGGGACUAG